CAUGAGAUUUGGAGAUGUGGAGGAUUUGAGAGGCCUGUCGAUCAGACUGCAGCUGUCCAACACUUUCUACGAGUCGUCAGGUCAGUGGUGGUUUUCGGUGGACAGCGUCUCUCUGCUGUACAACUCCUCUGAAGAGGCCGUGUUCAACGCCAGCGAUGUGUACGCUCCGGCCUCCUCCUCCUACCUCUGCCUCCAUGUCAGCAGCCUGCAGCGCUACAGCGCCCUGCUGCUGCCAGGCACCGACCGCGCACGCCGCUGGACCAUCACCUUCACCAACUUCCAGAUUCAGGCGUUCAAUGUCACCGGCGGUAAAUUUUCUCCUGCGAGCGUCUGCGCCACAUUCCUGACGCCGGCCAUCCUGAUGGGUCUCAUCACGUCCCUCAUCCUGCUGCUGGUCCUGGCCUAUGCCCUGCACAUGGUCAUCCACCUGAAACACAUCGAGCACGACGAUGAACACAAGGCCGACAUCUACUUCCCCCAAAGCCCUGAACCGUGUGAACACUGCUGUGUGGAAAACGACGCAGAGAAAAAUAUUCUGUAG